AUGUCUUCUCCUGUAAGGGGGAGCGUCUUACCUGAAACUCCACCUGUGACGGAUAAUACACAAGAACCUGAGUCAGAUAUUCCACAAGAACCUGUGACAGAAAAAUCACAAGAACCUCUCACAGUCAAUCCACAAGAACCUGGCUCAGAUCAUGUCACAGAAACAGAACAAGAACAGAGAACUGUUGAGGAAGCGGCUGCUCCGAGUUUAGGUCGUGGUCAGCGGCAACGGUCCACGUCUGUCAAGCUACGAGACUACGUCACUUAUAACGUCGUGUGCAAUCAAGACCCCCAUCACGCUCCUCCCGAUCCCACAUCUCAGUCCUCAUCGGUCCAAGGUACAUCUCUAUACCCGCUGUCUCAUUUUAUUUCGGAUGAAUGCUUUUCACCAGGGCAACGUGCGUUCUUUGCUGCCAUUACUGCGGGAGAUGAACCGAAACACUUCAAAGAUGCUGUUCAAAUUAAGGUCUGGAACGAUGCUAUGGGAACUGAGGUGGAUGCGCUUGAACAAAAGCGUACGUGGGAUAUUUGUGAUUUACCUCCUGGCAAAGAAGCUCUUGGUUGUCUUUGGGUUUACAAGACGAAGUAUAAUUCUGAUGGUACUAUCGAGAGAUACAAGGCUCGGCUAGUUGUCCAGGGCAAUCAUCAGAUUGAAGGAGAAGAUUUCGAUGAAACUUUUGCUCCUGUUGUCAAGAUGAAUACUGUUCGUUCUGUUCUUCGUCUUGUCGCAUCUAAAAACUGGGAGGUUUACCAAAUGGACGUCAACAACGCUUUCCUUCACGGUGACUUAGAAGAGGAAGUGUACAUGAAACUUCCUCCAGGGUUUCGUCACUCUCAUCCUGGCAAAGUUUGCCGUCUUCGUAAGUCAUUGUACGGGCUCAAACAGGCUCCGCGUUGCUGGUUCAAGAAGCUUUCUGAUGCAUUGCUUCGUUUUGGUUUUGAUCAGUCGUAUGAUGAUUACUCUUUGUUCUCUUACUCGCGCAAGAACAUUGAGCUACGGGUUCUCGUUUAUGUGGAUGAUCUCAUUAUUUGUGGUAAUGACUCCUACAUGAUUCAGAAAUUUAAAGAUUACUUGAGUAAAUGUUUCUCCAUGAAAGAUUUGGGGAAACUGAAGUAUUUUUUGGGCAUCGAAAUAAGUAGAGGACCCGAGGGUAUGUUCCUUUCCCAACGCAAGUAUGCGUUAGACAUUAUCGCCGAAACUGGCAAUCUUGGUUCUCGGCCAGCCACAACACCACUUGAGAGUACACAUCAGUUAUCUACGGUCGAGAGUCCUCUUCUUGAUGAUCCAAAGAAGUAUCGGCGGCUCAUGGGCCGACUCAUAUAUCUACUCAAUACAAGACCAGAGUUGUGCUACUCUGUUCACCUGUUGUCUCAAUUCAUGAAGGAACCAAAAGUGGCUCAUUGGGAAGCAGCCUUGCGUGUUGUUCGUUUCUUAAAAGGAUCUCCUGGCCAGGGUAUUUUCUUGUCGUCUGAUCCUGAUCUUACCCUCACGGUCUAUUGUGAUGUUGAUUAUAACUCGUGUCCGUUAACUCGCCGGUCUCUUAGCGCGUUCGUGGUUUUACUUGGUGGCUCCCCAGUUGCUUGGAAAACAAAGAAACAAGACAUGGUCUCUCAUUCUUCCGCUGAAUCAGAAUAUCGUUCAAUGGCUGUGGCUCUCCGUGAGAUUAAGUGGUUUCGGCGAGUGUUAGCCGGACUUGGUAUUGAUCAGUCAAAGCCGACACGGUUGUUUUGUGACAAUAAGGCGGCCAUUCACAUUGCCUCCAAUCCAGUUUUUCAUGAGAGAACGAAACAUAUUGAAUCUUAUUGUCACGCUGUAAGGGAUGCUGUUCAAGAAGGAGUUAUUGUGACUGAUCAUGUGAGAACAGAGGAGCAGUUGGCUGACAUACUUACAAAGGCACUUGGGCGUGCUCCAUUUCAGUAUCUAUUAUCCAAGUUGGGCGUUCAUAAUCUCCACGCUCCAACUUUAGGGGGAGUAUUACGGAUAGUUACGUCGGUUAAGUAUAAUGAUUCAUUAUGUUAA